UUGAAUUAUUCCGACUGUUUGUGUACAUGCUAGCAGCAGCGUUAGCUACGCAACUUGGGACGUGUACGUACGUACACCAGACUUCGUUUAAAAAACAUGCUAAUUAAAAAUAUCGCCGUAUCGUGAAUUACCGUCACGUUAACGUAUACUGUAGCAAUGACACUGUUUAAUACGCUGUACUUCAGAAACGUCAGAAUGUAAAUUGCUGACGUUGAAAUAGUUCGCUGGAUACGUGAAGAAUACACCAACGCUGAAGGUGUAACCUGCCCUUUGAGUCACGAGACGUCUCCCUUUGCCAGAAAGCGAUUGUUUUUUUCCACUGAGGUUUUUGCUGCACUAACUUGGUCACUUUGUCACUUUUGGAAAGUCUGCAAAAAAAGUGUUCACUCCACUUUAAACUUAACAAACCUUUCAUAAUGUCAGUUUGUUUGGCUGGAGCAGAUAAUGUGUUUGUUGUUGUUUGUUUGCCGGAUGCUUCUAAUGACUACACCCAAACUGAUAAAUGGAUCCCACUUUCACUCUCCAUCUUAUUUAUAGGCAGCAGAUGCAGCAGGCUGGCCCCUCAUCUCCCAGCUGUUCCUCCACCUCUGACUGCUUCCCCCUCAGCAACACAGCUGAAUGUGGAAGUGAGCAUUCAGUAGAACCAGAGAAACACGAAGUGAGAGCAGCUGGAGCUCCGACAGGUCUCAGCAGGAUGUGGUCCAUCGUGAGCUUCUACAUAUGCUACCUGCUGUGCCUGGGCCUGAGCCUGGCCUGUGUGGUGUGCGUGUGUUUGUGGAACAGCCAGUGGCGGGGCGGCUUUGCCUGGGACAGCUCGGCGCUGCAGUUCAACUGGCACCCGGUCCUGAUGGUAACGGGCCUGAUUGUGCUGUACGGCAACGGAGCUGUGUUGUACCGCGUCCCCCUGACCUGGGGUCAGAAUAAACUCCCCUGGAAACUGUUGCACGCCACAGUGAUGCUCCUCGCCCUGAUCCUGUCCGUCGUGGGGCUCUGUGCUGUGUUCGACUUCCACAAUACCAAAAAGAUCCCCAACCUCUACUCUCUGCACAGCUGGAUUGGAAUCGCUGCCACAGCUCUUUUCGCCAUACAGUGGGUGGUGGGUAUGGCGGGCUUCCUCCUGCCCUGCUCCCCCAUGUCACUGCGUGCUCUCCUGAAGCCUGUCCAUGUGUGGAUGGGAGGCAGCAUCCUGUGGCUCAGCAUCGCCGCCUGCAUCUCCGGAAUCAAUGAGAAACUCUUCUUUGUUCUCCAAGGCAGUGCAAAUCAGGCUUAUGCUGCCCUUCCACCGGAGGCCGUGUUUGCAAAUGUAUUAGGAGUUCUGAUCGUAGCCUUCGGCCUGGUGGUCCUUAAGAUUUUGUCCAACCAUGAAUGGCAGCGACCAGAAUCUAGGCCCGAGGAUCUGGCUUACACGCCACUGCUUCAAGAAGAAAAUGAGUGAAGUGAAUUUUAGAAAUGCUCACCGCAAACCCGUCCAUGCAAAAUCAGUUUAACCAUCACAGGUCACAAUUACCUUUAACAAUCCAGAAGAUCUACUUUGAAUGUACAAGCAGCUGAACACUGAUAAUUAUCUGUGUUUGUUUUGGGUGUAAAUAUUUAUUUGAAAUUAUAUAUGAAAUUGUUUUUUCUCCAAAGAGUAAAAUAAAGUGUGCUUUGCCAAAAC